UCUCAAAGCGAAGAAGAAAUACUGUUUCAUUAAAAUGUGGGGAAAAAUAUAUGUAGGGUUUUGGAUAUCCUGGUAAAGGAUGGAUCAUCCAAAAUUCGUUGUUAAAGCUUUGUUUAGCACCCUGACUUUAUGAUCCAUGUUGGUGGGUAGACACCAGACCUUUUCUUCUUUUUGUUUUUUGUUUUUGCCUUUUUCUUUUAUGGGGGUUGGGGGCAGGGUUGUUGGGUUUGAAUAGGCAAACUUAGAAUUAAUAACAAAUGGUAGUUGAUGCGAACAUGGUUCUUUGAAAAGAAAGAGGAACACUUAGUUAUUUACAAAAGUGGACAUCAUGCCAGCCAAAUAGAUUUCUUAAACUAGAAAAUCCAACAGAGUGGCGUGUAAGGACUAUAACGUUAUACUGGGGAGAGCCUAACCACUGUACAUAGGAUGAUGGUCUUGGAUAUGUGCCUCAGUACACAGAAACGUGAGACUAGGGAACCUACUUGCCCUAACUCCUAAGAUAAGGUGGUGAAGAUUAAAAGGAGAUUCCUUGAUUCUUUUACCAAUAAAAUGUUCAAACAAGGAAAGUGGGACUUUGAGGGAGACACCAAUUUGAUGUGGAAUGAAAUGACAACCUAUAUUAAGAAUGUUGCUGAAAAAGUUAUAGGGGAAUAAGGGUCUUUGUUAGGUCCCUAGAGAGACUUGGUGGUGGGAUGAUGAGGUCCAGGUGGCCAUUAAGACCAGGAAAGCCCAUUUUAAGCCAUGGCAAAGGACGAAAGAGGUAGAAGACAAAAAGAGGUAUAAUAUUGCCAAAAACAAUGCUAAGAAUAUUGUGGGGAUAGUAAUGGCGAAGAAAUAUGAAGAUCUUUAUAAUAAUCUGAACAUAAAGGAAGGGGAAAAAUUAUCUAUAAAAUGUAUAAAAGGAGAGAAAGGAAGAGCAGAGAUUUUGACUAUGUGAGAUGUAUUAGAAGUGAUGAAGGUAGAGUACUAGUAAAAGAUGAGGAUAAUAAGAUAUCAUGAAGAGAUGUGGGAUGUAUUUUAAAGGUUUACUAAAUGGAGACAUUUUGAGUCCGAGUGACCAAAAAGACUACAUGACUAUUCAAGACACCACACACUACAGAUAUAUACUAAAUGUUGAAUGUUAGAGUGGCUGAAGUAAAAUAGAUGAAAGUAGGCAAGAUACCAGACUCAGAUAAAGGCCUAAGAGAAGUGUGGAAGAGUUUAGGAUUAUGUGGGGCAUCUUGGUUAACUAAUCUUUUUAACAAGAUUAUGAGCACAAGGAGAAUGCUAGAUGAGUGGAGGAGAAGCAUUAUAGUUCCGAUCUACAAAAAUAAGUGUGAUAUUUGAAACCAUGAUAAGUAUAGGGGCAUAAAACUACGAGUCAUACUAUAAAAUUGUGGGAAAAGGUUAUUGAAGCCCACCUAAGAAGACUAGAAGAGAAACCACUAUCUCGGAGAAUCAAUUUGGUUUCAUGCUUGGUAGAUCUAUGAUAGAAGCUAUUUCCUUAUUCAGGAGGUUCAUGGAAAGAUUUAGAGCUUGUAAGAAGGAUUUCCAUAUGUUCUUUAUUGACCUAGAAAAAACAUAUGAUAGAGUUCCUAAAAAGCUAAUCUAACUUGUACUCGAAAAGAUGAGGGUGUUGAGUAAAUGUGUGGAUUUAAUUAGAGAAAUGUAUGUGGGCGUUGUGGCUAGUGUGAGAACUAUAGGAGGUCAAAGCAGUGAGUUCCCAAUUAUAUUGAGCUAUAUUCAGGAUCAGCCUCAAGCCUUUAUUUGUUUGCAUUCACCAUGGAUGGUUUAACUAGGAAUAUCCAAGACGAGGUUCCGUGGCGUAUGCUCUUUGCUGAUGAUAUAGUUUUGUUGGAUGAGACAAAAGUAGGUAUUAAUGCAAAGUUGGAAUUAGAGAUCAACAUUGAAAUCAAGAGGUUUUGAAGAUAAGUAGAACGAAGACGGAGUAUAUGACCUGUAACUUUAGUCACACUAUGAUGGAUAAUGAUAUUGUGAAAAUUGAGGAGAGAGAGAGAUACCGCAAAGUGAUCAUUUUAGAUGCCUAGGGUCAACCAUAAAUAAAGAAGGUGACAUAGAGGAUGAUGUUUUGUGGAUAAUUAAAGUGAGAUGGAUGAACUGAGAGGUGUAUCUGGAAUGUUGUAUGACCAACAUAUUCUUUGCAAGCUUAAAGGAAAAUUCUCUAGGAUUAUCGUAAGUUUAGUUAUGAUGUAUGGGGCGGAAUGUUGGGCAAUUAAGAAGUAUCAUUUAGGUAAGUUGUGUGUAGCAAAGAUGAGGAUGUUGAGAUGGAUGUGCAGCAAAACUAGGAAGGAUAAAGUAAAGAAUCAUCAUAUUAGAGCUGAUUUGGGAAUUGUCCCGAUUCAUGAUAAGCUCCGAGAAAGUCGUUUGAGGUGGUAUGGUCAUGUUGAACGGAGACCUUUGGAUGCACCAAGGAGGAGCAAUCUGUAUCAGAUUGAAGGAACUAAAAGAGCUAGGGGUAGGCCUAAAAUGACCUUGGGAGAAAUGGUGAGGAAAGACAUGCAUAGUUUAGGACUUGUCCUAGGUAUGAUCUUAAAUAGAGCUGAUUGGAGGCUAGGAUCCAUGUAGCAGACCCCAUUUAGUUGGGAUAAGGCUGAGUCGUUGUUGUUGUUGAUAGUUGUUGCAAACCCCACAAUCAAAGUUUACUUGGUUAUAUAAACUCUGACCUAUGCUCAUGGUAAAAUGUACAUGACUACAUACAGUGAAGGAUGAUAAACUAUCCCAAUUUCUUUGGAGAGCUUCAAAUUGGAUAGCUUUGAAGUCCCUUUAUAUAGAACCAUAAAAGCAAGGCAAGCAGAUUAUCUUUUCCAUGUCAUUUGCUAAAAAAUCUGUUAAUUCUUUUUCCCUUGAAUGCAAAAAAACAUGAAUCCAUUGGAACCAAAUCCCAAAAAUAGGAAGCAAAACAGUUUUUCAUUUUGAUUCUCCACCCCACUCCCCAAAUAUUAAACAUGAAACACGUUGUCAUCAUCUUCUUCCUAGAAACCACAAUCGUCCAUAGUCAGUGAUAUGUCAAGGUACACAUCCACACGAGGAAAGCUUUGGUGGAGGGAGCAUUUUAUCCUUUGUGGAGUGAGGUUAAGGUUGAACAAUAAGCCAAUAAUCAAUGAGGUCAGAUUUGGCAUUGGCAAAAGUGGACCAAAAUCUGAUCUGUUUCUGUCCUCAAGUAAUAUUUUUGUCGAGUUUUUUAAUUUUUUUUCCCUUUGGAUUUUAGUACCUUUUGCCACAUCUUGAAGAGGCUUCAAAACUUCCCCACCCAUAACUUUUCUAUGAUAUUCCCCUUCUUUCAUUUUAAGAAAGAUUCUGCCUGGUCAGAUGAAUACCAAAAAAGUGCAGGUUUAAGAGGGAAACUUGUUUCAAUUGAAAAGUUAUCUUUUACAUGAUUGUUCGUCCAAUCUCACCUUACAAUGGAAAUCGACUUGUUUGUGUCUCAGUUUCAGCUGAUUUUAGCCCUUAUACUUUCUCAAAAAAAUUGGUUGGAAUGUGGAAAUUUUCAGCGGAAUCAAAGGGCCAGUAUCUAAUGGACAAAUUUUUUAGAAGGUUCUCUGUGCAAUAAAAAUACAUAGCUUAGGUAUUGUUGCCGUUUAUAAAACAAUGUUUUAUCUGCACAUAACAAUUUGGUUAUCAACACUUUUUUAUUUCUGAUUUCCCAUUAAUGUCCUUUGGGUCCUAAUAUCUUGGAGCAUUUAUUUUUCUGUUUGCUGAAGGCUUGGAGAAUAGUUUGACCUGGCUACUAGUUAUUGAUUGGGUUAAUUUGUCAAAAAUGAUUCUCAGCCUAGAUUAUGCCGUUCGUGCUUUUUGGGUGUAAAGAUAACCUUCAUGGGUGAUGGUCUUCCAAAGAUUGAGGUUUUUCCAGAUUAUUUUGAAGCUUCAACAUCAACUGGUGACUGCUUUGAGAAAAAUAACUCUAAUAAUUCACAUCCAAGAACUGAAUAUUCCUUGAGGUCCCGUGGUCAUUUUUGGAGUCGAAAAUUAAUUCGUGCUACAGCUAUGUUAAACUUUUUUGGUGGACAAGGUCUUCAUUGGGGAUCUGGAACCAGUGACAAGGUUGAACUAACUACUGCGGAGGUCAAAUCUCUCCAAUCAGAGAUUGCUGAUUUAGAAGAAAGAGAAGCCCAUCUGAGAGCUCAGUUGGAACAUCUUGACGAAGUUUUGAGGUCUGCUCGACUGUCUGGCUAUUUGUUUAUUCGAAGUAGAUGGACAGCAUUACCAGGAGAGCCUCCUAUAAUUGAUUCUGAUGUUGAUGAUUGGCUUCCACGUUUUGUUGUUCUUCAUGGGUUAUGCAUCUUCUUCUAUUUACUAUCUACAGAUCUGAGUCCUCAAGACUCAACCCUACUAUCUGAUAUCGUGGAAGUAGGCCCACUGCCAAGUUUUGUCCAAGAAGAUGAGCAGACACGAUAUUCGUUUUAUAUCUUAACUUGUCAUGGUCUGAAAUACGAGUGUGCAAGUCUUUCUGAAAUACAGGUCGAUUCUUGGUUGAAGGCAUUACGCACUGCCUGUGAACUAGGAAAUGAUGAUACAGAAGCUGUCAAAGGCACUAGCAAGUCAUAGCAAGUAUGCAGAUUGAAAGUUGUAUAUAGACGCAAAUAUUAAUGGAUUCCUUGCAUUGGUGUGUAUGGAACUAAAAUGUGGCUUCACAGGAAUCAUUCAUUACAAUUCUGUACAGAACUUUUUGAACUUGAUGUAUAUAAUUGGGCAAGAAAAUUUACAAUUAAGUGCAUUAUUAUAACUGGAUGCAUUUGACUCAAUCUCCUCAACCAUCCAUAUCCUGGAUUGACCCGUGCUGGGGCACCGGAGCACUUACUCUCUCUGUCCCUCUCGUCGGUGAUCAGGAAGAAGUUCGCAGCCCUUGUUCAGGCCUUGUUAUGUACUUUGUAUCACUUUGUAUCUCGUCUUCGCCAUCCCCCACAAAGAAAGGGAUAUUAAUUGAUGUGGAUUUGAUUCUUGAGCCUUCCAUGUUAGUUAAAAGUUAAAGAAAUAAAUGUACAACUGAUUAUAAAUAGGGCAAAACUAUUUCCUUUGUAUC